UGCGGUGUUUUUGUCUCCCUGUCAGUGAGCGCUCCUGGGCCGAGGCGGCUGCAAGGAUUUCCAUAGGGCAGGUGCUGCUGCUGUUGCUGACUGUGACAGAGCGAGUGAGGAAGAGCCUGGGGAGGAGCGAUCCCGUUCUUGUGGUGCAAGCAGCUGGUGAGAGCUGGUGGAUGAGCGUUUGAAAACCAGCCACAGGCUCAUAAUGGCUCAGGUGCUGCACAUGGACCCCGGCUUCCCAGGGAAACUCAACCCACCUGCUCCCUCUUCUCUGCACGGCAAAGAACAGGAGGCACCUUACUCAGUGGAGACCCCCUAUGGUUACCGUCUGGACCUGGACUUCCUCAAAUUUGUAAAUGACAUAGAGAAGGGAAACACAAUCAAGAAGGUCCCUAUACAGCGCCGGCCGCGCUAUGGCUCUCUGCCCCGUGGCUACGGCUACACCGGCUCCUGGUGGACGUCCACGGAGUCUUUGUGCUCCAACACCAGCAUGGACAGCAGGCACUCCUCAUUCUCCUACUGUGCUCCAGGCUUCCACACGUCGCAGAGGCCCAACUUCAGCACGGCCCGCGUGGAGAAGACCCUGCUGGACGCACGCAGGAAGCUGGAAGAGGAGAAAGAAGGACGUAGAUUCUCCAACCUGGGCAGCAUGCACAGCAGUGUCGCGGGCUCCAACACCUCCAUCAGCAGCGCACACAGCUUCAACCGGGCGCAAGGUGGGGGAGGAUCUUUCACUCCAUUGAGUUCUGGCCUGUCCACCCCAGUGACGCCAACACCAGCACACCUACAGCAUGUCAGGGAGCAGAUGGCAGCAGCGCUCAGGAAGAUCCGGGAGCUGGAGGAGCAGGUGAAGACCAUCCCAGUGCUCCAGGUGAAAAUCUCUGUGCUGCAGGAGGAGAAGCGGCAGCUCAGCGUCCAGCUGAAGAGCCAGAAGUUCCUGGGCCACACUCUGGGUUUCAGUCGAGGUCGUCCCCGAGGAGAGCUCUACAUCGACAUCCCCGAAGAAGAACUGAGCACUGGAGCGAAGAGUAGCAACAAAUCAGCGGAGCCACUGUCUCCCACCACACCCGAGGCCUCCAAACAAGACUCCGGGUGCGAGAUCGAGGACACGGUGAUUGUCGGUGGAGCCCGGCCGGAUGCAAAGCGGGAAGUGCGCACCAUCGGAGUGGGACCAGAGGACUCGAGGGGCAGCCGUCAGGUGGGAGUCGGGGUUCGGGAGCAGGACCUGGGGCUGCUGCCGGAGACAGAGGUUCUCAGGAACCAAGUGGGUCAGCUAGAGGGAAAGCUACAGAGGACAAUGCAGGAGCUGCAGGCUGCUCAACAGCAGGUCACGUCAGUCCAGAAAUCUCCUCAGGCGGAACACCCCGUCAUGGCGACCAGCAUGGGCUGGCAGGAGGCACAGGGCUGCAGCCUGCACACUCUGGUCACCUUCACACAGCAGCCGCAGCAGAGGGAGCAGAGGACUGUGGGGAUCCAGGUGUACACGUCAGAGCAGCCCACUGUGGUGGAGGUGGGAACGCUGCUCCGAGCAGAGACGUGCAGCUCCCCCUCGCUUCAUCUAGCAGGCGGACGGUCAGAGAGCGGCCACAGAGAAGACGCUGCAGGUGUGGAUUCAGCCGAUGUUCCCGUCGAGUUGCCCAUCGCCGUCACGUCCAAGCAGGUGCGCGACGUCCUGAGGAGCGAGCUGUCCACGUCGGUGCCUGUAGCCAGUCCUGCCGUCGUCGUCGGCACGACGAUUAAUCAGAUUAGUUUGACGCAAACAAGAGGCGGAGAGACGCACCUGCACACGAGCGCGACAGAAGCCGCGAAAACUGUCUCGUCUCCUCAGUCCCUGAGGUCCAUUAUGAAGCGGAAAGCAGAAGGUGAACCGGGUUCUCCCUCCACUAAGAAAAACCUACAGUUUAUUGGGGUCAACGGAGGUUAUGAAUCCACAUCGUCAGACGACAGCAGCAGCGACAGUUCAGACGAGGGGAGCGACUCCAGUGAAUAUCAUGAAGCCAGAGAAAAACUGCCAGAGUCCGCAGUCCUGCACCAGCAAACAGCCAGCACCGAGGUUCCUCAGCCGCGGGAAACAAGCAACGCCGUACCUCAGCAGGCAGUCGAACCAGCAACCGUCACUCCAGAAGCACAGCAGAGUCCCAGCCAGUCUGCAACUCACGCCUCAUCACUGCCAGACAAAGUCCCUCAGUCACCAGCAACGGACACUGUUGUGCAGCAGGAAUGUGCCUCACAGCCGCUGCCGCCGCCGGCCGCUGGCCACGCCCCGACUCCUCCGUGUCCAGCGAUGUCUGCUGCCUCUGCAGAAUCCUCCAGCCAGUCGUCAGAGACGCUCACAGCCACCUCCACGUCGCCGAGCUCUGAGUCCACUCCCGAGCAGCACAGCUCUGAAAACUCCACGGUCAAUUCCUCUCCUUCAUCGAUGUCUGUCACGACGACCUGCGAGGUCACCGAGCGGCAGUGCGGCGUCCAAUCGGAGACGAAGCCAGCGGGUGACAGCGGCACGGAUGACGGCACAGCAGUGCCAGCCAAACAAGUCAGACUGAAGCUGAGCGAAGCCCUGAUGUCGGCCCUUGUUGCCCUGCAGAAAGCUCUGGGAGAAUCCAACGCCUUCAGCCAACAAGGAGCAAGGGCGGCCUACACCACCGUGCUGCAGGAGUGGCUGCGCGUGUCCUGCCACAAGUGCGCCGACACGGCCGUCGUCCGCGCCCACAUGGACGCCUUCGCCUCCGUCUCUCCGCAGCUGCUGGAGUUUGUGAUCAACAUGGCGGACGGCAACGGGAACACGGCGCUACACUACACCGUCUCCCACUCCAACUUCCCCGUGGUGAAACUGCUGCUGGACACGGGUCUGUGUAACGCUGACAAACAGAACAAAGCAGGCUACACGGCGAUCAUGCUGACGGCGCUGGCUGCCUUCCACUCUGACGGUGACCUUCAGACCGUCCUGCAGCUGCUGCGCACGGGGGACGUCAACGCCAAGGCCAGCCAGGCCGGUCAGACUGCACUGAUGCUGGCUGUCAGCCACGGUCGCGGUGACAUGGUGCGGGCGCUGCUGUCCUGCGGGGCUCAGGUCAACGUGCGCGACGACGACGGCUCCACGGCGCUCAUGUGCGCCUGUGAACACGGUCACGUGGACAUUGUGCGUCAGCUACUGUCAGUGCCGGGCUGUGACGCCACUCUCACUGAUAAUGACGGCAGCACGGCGCUGUCCAUCGCCCUGGAGGCCAGCCAGAACGACAUCGCUGUGCUUCUGUACGCUCACCUAAACUUUGCAAAGCCUCCUUCACCUGUUUCACCUAAGUCUCCUCUCUUGGGCUCCUCACCUCCUUCUGGUGAAAUGAAAUAAAAACCACACUCACUCUACAGCCAAUGACAACCCACUGCAACGUCUGCAUUUCACUGUCACAUUUCCACUGUCGUUUAGAAACAAAGCAAACAUUCUCUCUGUGUAUGUGUGUUUGUGUACGUGUCUACGUGUGUGUUUGCUCUCACUCUCCAUAAUUGAAGCACAAGGUAACAAAGUUGUGGACUGUUUUCUCUCUGUGGUUCAAACUCCAAUUUUAACUCACAAUAAUCAGUUUAUACACCGUUCAUUACACACAUGUUUUAUUUCAUAACAGUUACUUUAUCAUUUUUAAUCUGUGUAUGGUCAUUUUGUGUGUGUGUGUGUGUGUGUCGUUCACAGUCAUUUGGAAUAACGAAAGCCACGCCCCCUACUAGAUAAGUGUCCUUGCAUUAGCAAAGUCAUUGGUGCUACAAAGAUGUAACACCGGUCCAAACAAUAUGUUAAUAUUUAUACACAGGAUUUAUUUACACAAGAGUAUUUUUGAUAUUUUUUUAAAUUCAGACUCCAAGGAUUAUGAUUUUUUUUUUUAUUAACUUUGAAACGUUUUAACCAAUUUUCCCAAAAACUUAUAUUUCUCUCUCAUUUUCCGUGACACUAUGUGAUGCUAACAUCAGCGUAUGGCAUUCACCUAAAAUCAUUUUUUAAAAGGUUUUUACGAGAUUUUUUUUUCGGGGUCUGUUUUUACAAGAUAUUUUUUGUUCGGGUUUGUUUUUAUGUAAAAAAAAUUUCAGGGUCUGUUUUUAUGAGAUGUUUUUUUCGGGUCUGUUUUUACAAGAUUUUUUUCAGGGUCUGUUUAUGUAGCCCACUAGCCCUCCUGCCUGACCCCGUAUGAUGCUAACAGUUUCAAUAAAAAUUCAGUGAAGGUAACUUAUGCAGCAGAUCCGUCUGAACAACCGUAAAGUCCUGAGGUGCCUGCGCAAAGUCGACAAACUAAUAACAAUUCCAUCAAUAUAACUUAAAGACAGGAUACUCUUCCAAUGUCUCAAACCCAAAGCAAAGUAAAACUGGAUUAAACUCAGCAACUAGGACAUUCCCCGUUAUCAAAAAUUAAUCUCGUAAAAACAGAUCCCUUUUAGGUGAAUGCAAUACACUUCCGUAGAUGCUAACGUCAUCGUGGAAGAAGAAGAAGAUGCGGGUUUGUUGUUGUUCUCUGAAGGCUGCGGUACUUUUGCUCUUUGUAUUUUUUAUUUUGUUUUAUAAAACAAAGGUGUUUUGGAUGAGUUUUAGGGAGAGAUGUGAACGUGUCUGUGUUUGUAAUAUUAACAGAUUGAAUAACAAGACUGUUAAGUAGCGGCUGACAGGCGCUGCUAAUGCCACCUCUGCUGUGGUCGUGCUGGUAUGAUGAUGAUGAUGAUGACGAUGAUGUGUCAGGACAACCUGGAAGUGGCAGAUUGGGGGUGAUUUAAGGACGUGUCGUGUAAGAUAUGUAUUUCAAAAUAAUAUAUGUCAAUAUAAACUGAUAGUUUUAACGUCUAAAAUCUAAAUUCCUUGAUAUUGAUGUCAAAAUUUCUAUUACAUUUCCCACGUUUUCUUAAUCACUUUUAAGCAACUGAUGGAAUUUUAAUACAACUUUCAAAUUUUCUUUUAAUUUAAGUAUCUUAACUUUUUAUACAGUUGCUGUGUUUUUUAAGCUCACGCCUACUUAAUGUAAUCGCACAGCUCUUUAGUUUAUGUUUUAUGGAGGUUUAUCUGAAAUGUAAGUUCUUCUUCUCGGCUAAUUUGUUUGUUAUUGGGGGGAAAAUAGAUAAAUAAAUGUGGACCACACUG